AUGGCCGGCGAGAUCAACGAUAGCAUCCAAAGAUGGCCGAAAAACGUCGGUGGAUUCGUCGCCGACAAAGACGUCCGAAGAGCAAGGUAUCCAUCGACUGACACCAGCGAGAGCAUCCAAGAGUCGCCGACGAGAAGCCCCGGCGGAUUCGUAACCGGCAAAGGCAUCCGAAGAGUAAACUAUACAUCGAUGGACACCAGCGACAGUUAUUCGAGCCGGUACUCCAUCGAUUCUCAGAAACCGAAGCUAUCUCCGGGGACUUACCUUGUCCAACUACCCAAGGACCAGAUCUACCGAGUCCCUCCGCCGGAGAAUGCUCAGCGUUACGAGUACCUCUCUACGCAGAAACCCAAUCGAUCGAGUUGCCGCCGAUGUUGCUGCUAUACCCUCGCCGCCUUGCUCGUCCUUCUUGUCCUCGUAGCGCUCGUCGUCGGGAUCCUCUUCCUCGUUUUCCGGCCACAUAAGCCACAGUUCUCCGUGAGUAAAGUCUCCGCCGCCGGGAUUAAUCUGACGUCAUCGUCUCCAAUCUCUCCAUUAUUCAAAAUCAAGGUGCGGGCUCAGAACGUCAACGGGAAACUCGGUUUAAUCUACGGGGAAGGAACAGCGGCUGAGAUUUUCUACGAUGGAAUCGAGCUAGGAAACGGCGAGUUCCCGGCGUUUAUGCAGCCGGCGGAAAAUUUAACGCUGAUGGUGGCGACAUUGACGGGAUUGAGGAUCCAGUUAACGAGCUCGUUGCGACAGGAGUUGACGGAGUCGGAGAAGAAAGGAAAAGUGCCGUUUGACAUGCGAAUUAAAGCGCCGGUUAAGUUUAAGCUUGGCUCUGUGACAAUGUGGACGAUGAACGUUUUGGUGAACUGCAAAAUAACGGUGGACAAACUAACGGCAUCGGCGAUUGUGCUAACGGAGCAUUGCGAUACGCAAGACGGCCUCUUGUGA